AUGCCAACCACACUCGACACCCAGCUUCGUCCACCUCUUCCAGACUCUUUCAUCGACUCGAGAACGCAAGGAUAUCAAGGUCCAAGCCGUUAUGCACGGUUACGCCGUGUCGCACCCAGCGGCGGCGCGUCGAUAGCCAAGAGCGAGGAUGGAACACGAUGCGCGGUGGCGGGCAAGGAAUCACUCAGAAUCGUUCGAGUCGUGAAUCCGAGCUCGAACCCAGACAACAAGGAAGCAAGCGUCAAGAUCGACGGUUCGCGCAACUUUUGGGACAACAGCGGGCUCAAGAUCGACAGUGCAAGCACAGACGUAGCUUGGGGACAUGGCUCUUUCAACAACAAGAUCUUGACGAGUGCUAGAAACGGUGAGAUUAUCUUGUGGGACAUACACAAAUCCGGGAAUAUCAAGUAUGAACGUCGAACAAAGGAUCACAUUCGAUCCAUAAACAAACUAUCUGUCUCUCCAGUGGUGCACUACUACUGCAUAACAGGUUCAGCUGACGGGGAUAUGAGGAUUUGGGAUUUAAGAGAUCUCUCGAAAUCUUUAAUGCGCAUAAAACACCCAACGUCCGUCCGAAGCAUCGUCUUUUCCCCCAGUGUCUGGCAGCCUCUGCAAGCAGUCGUCGGGUUGGAUAAUGGGAGUCUGUAUAGAUGGGAUCUCAAGAUGGGACAACGCGGGCAGUUGGACCGGCUAGCAGUAGCUCAUAGUGCACCUAUCACAACAUUGGACUGGCGUGGUUCUACCUCCAACACUGCUGGAGCCGGGGGAUCUGGACCACAGGACAACAGUAGCAAUGGUCUGGGAUGGUUGGUCAGUGGAGGACUGGACAGGUGCGUCAAGGUUUGGGAUUUAACCGCGCCCCAUGCAAACGCACAUAUAUCGAAUAAACCUACCUACACACUCCAUCCAUCCUUCCCCGUUCGGCGCGUGAGCUGGAGGCCGGGCUACGAAUGCGAAUUGGCCGUCGCCUCAAAUGAGGAACUUUCUGCGCCGCCCAUAGAAUCCCAGGCCUCUGCAUCGUCCGGACUAUCAUCUGGGUUGCUGAGUCGUGUUGGAAGUGGCCUUGGUCUCGACGCCAUGUUUUUGAAGAACUUGGGAACGGAUAUACAGCACCUUUCGAAUAUUCCAAUGUCCAGAGACGACCGACUCCAACCAUACACCACCCCACCUGGAGAUACGAUAGAAAUUUGGGAUGUCAGGCGGGAAUGGAUUGCCAAAUGGUCUGUGAAUGGUUCUUCGUUGGAAGGGAGUAUCAGUGACAUUGCUUUCGGCGAUUCCGAUGCCCUGUGGGCCCAGCACUCAUCCGGCACCUUCUCCCAGUUCGACUUGCGAGAAACCUCGAAACCCAUCGACGCGAUAAAUAGGGUUGUCACAACGUGGGAUCCAACUGGAUGCGUUACCUUUGUCACUGAAAACAAAGUGGUCGCCGAACCUCCAUAUGACGAUCUCCCCCAGGCAGAACCCCGUCCGGGGCAAGAGUUCCGCAAGCCACCUCACAAAACAUUAGGCGACCCACCUAUCAGACUGGCAAACCAAAUGUUUGGAAUGUUCGUUCCCGAGGAUACUGCUGACGACUUGGAGGUAUUCACAAUCUUGGCUCGUGACUACGUUCUCCAAGGAAGCAACAAGCAGAGCAUCUGCCAUACGAACGCUCAGGUUGCUUACUUGACUGGCCGGGAACGCGCAACCCAAGUCUGGACCCUGAUGGAGAAUGCCUUUACAGACUUUAUUCCCACUCUCUCUCAGACUCCCGGUCCCUCUCCUCGUCCCAAGAGUCACAGGCAUCUGCCUUACAGUGGGUCGGGUUUACCUACACCUGUCACCAACUACACAUUCCCGCCUUUACCUGGGGGGAACGAUAGCAUCCAUCGCCGAAGUCCAGGCCAUAAGACUCGCAGCUCAACGAAAUCCGGUAGCAGGAGUCGCUCUGUUUCCGCCACUCGUGGUUUAACGCCCACUUCCUCUAAUAAUUCCUCCCCUCUCCACCUCGCUAAUGGCCUACCUCCUCUCACACCCAACCGACCCUUUGCAGGCCGCAGAGAAUCUGUCGACGAACUAGCUCGAAGAUCGUCCAGCUACAGACGAAUGUCAUUGUCACAGAAUGCUGCCGCAUCCAGUCCAGGCGAAAAGUCUUUGACCAGUCUCAAACACGUGGGAGAAGGUGCCUUGGACGACUCGAGCUCCUCCGAUGACGAACCAAACCCUAAGAACCACACAGAGGAUGACUUCUUCAGUGACAAUUUCCGGUCUAUGGCUUCCCCCCUUGCCAACCUCAGUCGAACAGUUGUCGUCCCCAGUCCUCUGUCACGGGUAAUCGGCCAGCGUCAGUGGUCCGCUGAAGAAGACAAUGUUGAGCGUGAUAGCUACAUGCACAGUCAUUAUGGUCCCCAACACGACGAUGGCGAUGACGAUAACGAUAACGACGACGACAGCUCCUCUUCAUCUCCUUCACCUCGUUCAACCGACACUGAAUCAGACGACUCGAGCGCUUCUCGCAGAGAAGCCAAAUCCCGCGCACGUCGCUUUUCCCAUCGAACGAAAUCGCGUAGUCGGAGUUCAACCGUGGCUUCUUUAGCUGCACCUAGACUCACGCAUCAGGCUUCGCAUAGCAGUAUCCGAACGGUAACUGCGGCUGAGGUGACGCCGAAGGAGAUCGAAGAACCCAAACAGCUGAAUCGCGACGAGGGGCCUACUCUUGCGGAGGCGCUGGCGCAUAAACGACAGAAAUCGUUACCGUUUUCGGAGUACCAUGUCGACGGGGACCCGAGGCACAAUGAAGAAGAUUUGCAGAUUCACACUCAUCAUCCUCCCGUUCCCAUAUCCAAACGUCGGAUAGAGAUUAUUAGAGCGGAUGAGAAGAGGUUCAAGGAAAUGGCAUGGGAGGUUAUUCGAGAAGCUUUGGAAGAAUUUGCAGAGGAGGGCGACGUCCAAAUGUGUGCCACGAUGGUGCUCAUCGCACGAGAAGAACUGAAGGUUCCGGUAACAAGAGCUUGUCGAUUCGUCGAGGCAUACCUAGGUACUGUCAGCGUCUCCCCUCCUUACCUCCACGACGCUUACACGAGCCCUCUGCCAGACCGCCUUGCCCAAAGCAGACUUCACACAUGUGCAGCCUACAUUCGCAGAGUCUCCAACCUCGAGAGUAUCCGUAACCGCUCCUUGGAAGAGACAGUGGUCUACACCAUCUGCGGUAAAUGUCACAAACCCUUGCUCAAAGCUGCAUUUGCGUCGAGCUCUUCCUCCGGAAGAUACACAAGUGGUGCCUUCUCAUACUGCCUUGGCUGCAAAACUGACACAGUCAAGUGCUCAAUCUGUCGCCUACCGGUCCGUUCCCUCCUUUUCCAGUGCUCAAUCUGCAAACACGGAGGGCACCAAUCCUGCUACCGCAAGUUCUACCUCCAACAUGCAAUGGUCGAACUACCCGAUACGCAUCCAGCAGCGUUCUUCCCCGCUUCCGAGUCAAGUGAGCGGGGUCGGACACUUUCUCGGCAACAAGAACGUCUUUCAGAGGACGAUCAAGGAUCGAUUAGUAGCACUCGCAGAAGCGUUGCUGACGUGUCCACAAGUCGAGGUGGUAUAACUGACGGGUCCUCAAACAAGGGAGGAGGUGCCAGCUUGAGCAUGUUGCCCAUGGACACGUCCAGUACUCGCGGAAGCAUCAUUGGCUCUUCUUCAAUCAUGGGGGAUACGAACUCGGAGAUCGCGGACAGCCCGGCGGGGACAGAUCAGUCAGUGACGAGGCUGAUGGGUCACCCAUGCGCAGCCGGAUGCGGGCAUUUCUGUUGGGCUGCGAAUAGCGUUUUGGACGUUUCGGAUGCAUAA